UGGGUGUAGCCUGGAAUUCUCCGUCCUCGUGUUCCUGGGCUGGCGCGCAGAGUCUCCAGGCGGCAGCGCCGCCGCCGCCGCUCCCCGUGCCACCCCGUCGUUGGCCUCGGGGGUCGGGAUGCUGCGGCAGGUUCUGCACAGGGGCUUGAGGACGUGUUUCUCCCGGCUCGGCCACUUCAUUGCCAGUCACCCGGUCUUCUUCGCCUCGGCGCCGGUGCUCAUCUCCAUCCUGCUCGGCGCCAGCUUCAGCCGCUACCAGGUCGAAGAGAGCGUGGAGCACCUGCUGGCGCCCCAGCACAGCCUGGCCAAGAUCGAGCGCAACCUCGUCAACAGCCUCUUCCCGGUCAACCGCUCCAAACACCGGCUUUACUCGGACCUGCAGACCCCCGGGCGCUACGGCAGGGUCAUCGUCACCUCCUUUCAGAAAGCCAACAUGCUAGACCAGCAUCACACCGACUUGAUCUUAAAGUUGCAUGCUGCUGUCACCAAGAUCCAGGUUCCAAGGCCUGGUUUUAAUUACACGUUUGCCCACAUAUGUAUCCUGAAUAACGAUAAGACUUGCAUUGUGGAUGACAUAAUACACGUCCUGGAAGAGCUCAAGAAUGCUCGGGCCACCAAUCGGACCAAUUUUGCUAUCACAUACCCGAUCACUCACUUAAAGGACGGGAGGGCCGUGUACAAUGGGCACCAGCUUGGAGGCGUUACUGUGCACAGCAAGGAUCGGGUGAAAUCUGCAGAGGCCAUUCAGCUCACCUACUACCUACAGUCAAUCAACAGUCUCAAUGACAUGGUGGCUGAGAGGUGGGAGUCCAGCUUCUGCGACACUGUCAGACUAUUCCAGAAAUCCAACAGCAAAGUCAAAAUGUACCCUUACACAUCCUCAUCACUGAGGGAAGAUUUCCAGAAGACCAGCCGUGUGUCAGAACGUUACCUGGUCACCAGCCUGAUCCUGGUGGUCACCAUGGCCAUCCUCUGCUGCUCUAUGCAGGACUGCGUCCGCAGCAAACCUUGGCUAGGCCUUCUUGGGUUGGUAACCAUAAGCCUAGCCACUCUCACCGCGGCCGGAAUCAUCAAUCUUACCGGUGGAAAGUACAAUUCCACCUUCCUAGGAGUCCCUUUCGUCAUGCUAGGUCAUGGAUUAUAUGGGACUUUUGAAAUGUUAUCCUCCUGGAGGAAAACUAGAGAAGACCAACAUGUUAAAGAGCGAACUGCAGCGGUCUAUGCAGACUCCAUGCUCUCCUUUUCUCUCACCACUGCCAUGUACCUGGUCACCUUCGGCAUAGGGGCCAGCCCUUUCACGAACAUUGAGGCAGCCAGGAUUUUCUGCUGCAAUUCCUGUAUUGCAAUUUUCUUCAACUACCUCUAUGUACUCUCGUUUUAUGGUUCCAGCCUUGUGUUCACUGGCUACAUAGAAAACAAUUACCAGCAUAGUAUCUUCUGUAGAAAAGUCCCAAAGCCUGAGGUACUGCAGGAGAAACCGGCAUGGUAUAGGUUUCUCCUGACCGCCAGAUUCAGUGAGGACACAACUGAAGGCGAGGAAGUGAACACUUACGAGAGUCACCUAUUGGUAUGUUUCCUCAAGCGUUAUUACUGUGACUGGAUAACAAACACCUAUGUCAAGCCUUUUGUAGUCCUCUUUUACCUUAUUUAUAUUUCCUUUGCCUUAAUGGGCUAUCUGCAGGUCAGUGAAGGGUCAGACCUUAGUAACAUCGUAGCAACUGCGACACAAACCAUUGAGUACACUACUGCCCAGCAAAAGUACUUUAGCAACUACAGUCCUGUGAUUGGGUUUUACAUAUACGAGUCCAUAGAAUACUGGAACACUAGUGUCCAAGAAGAUGUUCUGGAAUACACCAAGGGGUUUGUGCGAAUAUCUUGGUUCGAGAGCUAUUUAAAUUACCUUCGGAAACUCAAUGUAACCACUGGCUUGCCUAAGAAAAAUUUCACAGACAUGUUGAGGAAUUCCUUUUUGAAAGCACCCCAAUUUUCACAUUUUCAAGAGGACAUAAUCUUCUCCAAAAAGUACAAUGAUGAGGUUGAUGUAGUGGCCUCCAGAAUGUUUCUGGUGGCCAAGACCAUGGAAACGAAUAGAGAAGAACUCUAUGACCUCUUGGAGACACUGAGAAGACUUUCAGUCACCUCCAAGGUGAAGUUCAUUGUCUUCAAUCCGUCUUUUGUGUACAUGGAUCGAUAUGCCUCCUCUCUGGGAGCCCCCCUGCACAACUCCUGCAUCAGUGCUUUGUUUCUGCUCUUCUUUUCAGCAUUCCUGGUGGCAGAUUCUCUGAUUAAUGUCUGGAUCACUCUAACAGUUGUAUCCGUGGAGUUUGGAGUGAUAGGUUUCAUGACAUUAUGGAAAGUAGAACUGGACUGCAUUUCUGUGCUAUGCUUAAUUUAUGGAAUUAACUAUACAAUUGACAAUUGUGCUCCACUGUUAUCCACAUUUGUUCUGGGCAAGGAUUUCACAAGAACUAAAUGGGUUAAAAAUGCCCUGGAAGUGCAUGGGGUAGCUAUUUUACAGAGUUACCUCUGCUAUAUUGUUGGUUUGAUUCCUCUUGCAGCUGUGCCUUCAAAUCUGACCUGUACACUGUUCAGGUGCUUGUUUUUAAUAGCAUUUGUCACCUUCUUUCACUGCUUUGCCAUUUUACCUGUGAUACUGACUUUCCUGCCACCCUCUAAGAAAAAAAGGAAAGAGAAGAAAAAUCCUGAAAACCGGGAAGAAAUUGAGUGUGUAGAAAUGGUGGAUAUUGAUAGUACCCGAGUGGUUGACCAAAUUACAACAGUGUGACGGUGUCUGCUUGGUAUAUUUUCACCCUAGGUCUUACCAAGAGCAAAGAGAUUAUGUUACUGAAACAGCUAAAUUCAAGGUUGUUCCCUUUUUAAAGGAUAAAAAGG